AUGGGAGAAGAAAACAGAGUGCAAGAGGUAGAAACAGAAACAGAAGUAGAAAUGUGGUAUGAGAAAACUCCAGGAAUGACACAGUGGACUCUCUUUUUGUUCAUAAUGAAAAGGCAUGGGAUUGUGAUAAACUUAGAGCUCUUUUCAACUCGACGGCAAGCUGGCUCAUCAAAGGGCUCAACUGAGAAACUACUGUGGAAACAUUUGUGGAAGAUGAAAGUGUUGUAUAAGCGGCAAGCUGGCUCAUCAGAGGGCUCAACUGAGAAACUACUGUGGAAGAUGAAAGUGUUGCAUAAGGUAAAGGUUUUUGCGUGGAGAGCAUGCAAAGAUAGGCUAUCCACAGCUCUAAAUCUGGAGAAAAAACAUAUCAUAAGGCUGAAUAUUUGCAGUCUAUGUAAUUCAGAAACUGAGGACCUGAACCAUGCUGUGAUAAAUUGCAAAAUGCUCAGAGGGGUUUGGAAUAAUUUCUUCCCUGAACUGGUCAACAAUGACUGCAGACCAAUCAAGGAUAAGGCACUUGCUUUAUGUGAGAAUAAUGAAGUAUUAAAGCUGGACACUUUCUUCAUGCUGCUUUGGAGUUUUUGGUUCAGAAGGAAUAAAUAUGUGCACGAGAAAAUUUGGCUGGAUCUAAGAAAGAUAGCUGAUAAUGCUUUGGGUAUGUUAGAGAGUUUCAAUAAAGCAAGGAAGACAAAUUGUGCUCAGAUCCGAAAACAUUUCAAAUGGACACCUCCAGAUCUAAACUUUCUGAAAUUAAAUGUGGAUGUGGAAACAUUUCAAGAAUUGGAGAAAGCUGGAAUAGGGGCUGUCUUAAGGGAUUCUUCCGGUAAGGUAAUUAUGGCAAUGUCCAAGAUUGAAAUAAGGGUCGAAGAGAGUGAAGAUAUCGAAUUGUUGGCCAUUUUUAGAGGUUUGCAGCUAUGUGUCAAUAUGGGAAUCCAAAACCUUUUGGUGGAAAGUGAUAGCAAGUUGGUUGUUGAAGCACUUCAAACAGAAAUCAUGCUUAACUCUACUUUAGGAGUGUUGUACCAAGAAGUGAAACAUUUAGCCACCCAAUUUGUUAACUGCAAAUAUUCCCAUAUCUACAGGAAAUGUAAUAUGGUGGCUCAUAAGCUAGCUAGGCAUGCUAAAUUGGUCGAUGAUAUUUGUGUUUGGUUGGAUAGUAUUCCAGACUGUGUUUCUCAAGCUAUUUGA